AUGGCUUGUCGUUGCACUACGAUUAUUACAUCUAUAAUUAAAACUACCACUACUUUUCGCACUAGAACCGCUCAUACCACUAGUUACAUUACAAGAACCCUUUCUGUCUCUCCAGCAUAUAGCACAACGGCUCCAGAAUAUGGUAAUAGUGCAGUAAUCGGUACAUCUAUUACAGUUGGAGUUAUUGUUGGAACUAUAUGUAUUG